AUGAUAGGGAAAUAUUCAUUUUCUACCAGCACAGAGGUGUUCAGUUCUACUGUCAGCACUACACGUGAAAUCACAGCCGCACCCACAACUACAGGCACACCUACAACCACUGAGGUGAUCACUACCACUGCUGUACAAACCACCACUCCAGAAGCAACAACUACUGAGGAGACAACUACUGUACGCACCACUACACAGCCAACAACGACAGAAGCCCCAACAACUACUGAAGCAACUACCACUCGUGUGACAACCACUAAAGCUCCUACAACUUCUGGCCCUCCUUCAACGACUGAGAAAGUCAGCACCACGGUUGUGACAAUUUCUCCAGAAACAACUACAAAAGAGAUAAGCACUGUGACCUCCACAGCUGGCCCGUCAACCACACCUGAAGAAUGUGCUGAGGACCUUGAUGAUUAUGACAAAGUAAAAGUCUCAAGAGAAAAUUCUGACAGCUCUUCACCGGUUACACCCGAUCAAUGGUGGAAACCAGGCAGUCCUCCAGAAAGCACUGAAACUCCACAUGAAGGAUCACACUUGACUGUGACCUUCGACCCAAGAAGUAAAGUUACAUCUGUAAUUGUCACAAAUGAAGAAGGAGUGCCUGAUGAGGAAGUCACCAUUGCCUUUGAGUUUCAGCCAAGUGACCGUGCUCAAUACCUACCACUUGCCGAUGAAGCAAAUUCAAACAUCUUUAUCGGAAAGACUGACACCAAAAUCUCUUUACCAUCAAGCUUGCCAUUCAUAACAAGACUGAGAGUAUACCUUGUUAAACCAAAUCCUGAUGCAAGUUAUAAAAUAGUCUUCAACGGCUGUGAAGAGACAGUUUCUACCAGCACAGAGGUGUUCAGUUCUACUGUCAGCACUACACGUGAAAUCACAGCCGCACCCACAACUACAGGCACACCUACAACCACUGAGGUGAUCACUACCACUGCUGUACAAACCACCACUCCAGAAGCAACAACUACUGAGGAGACAACUACUGUACGCACCACUACACAGCCAACAACGACAGAAGCCCCAACAACUACUGAAGCAACUACCACUCGUGUGACAACCACUAAAGCUCCUACAACUUCUGGCCCUCCUUCAACGACUGAGAAAGUCAGCACCACGGUUGUGACAAUUUCUCCAGAAACAACUACAAAAGAGAUAAGCACUGUGACCUCCACAGCUGGCCCGUCAACCACACCUGAAGAAUGUGCUGAGGACCUUGAUGAUUAUGACAAAGUAAAAGUCUCAAGAGAAAAUUCUGACAGCUCUUCACCGGUUACACCCGAUCAAUGGUGGAAACCAGGCAGUCCUCCAGAAAGCACUGAAACUCCACAUGAAGGAUCACACUUGACUGUGACCUUCGACCCAAGAAGUAAAGUUACAUCUGUAAUUGUCACAAAUGAAGAAGGAGUGCCUGAUGAGGAAGUCACCAUUGCCUUUGAGUUUCAGCCAAGUGACCGUGCUCAAUACCUACCACUUGCCGAUGAAGCAAAUUCAAACAUCUUUAUCGGAAAGACUGACACCAAAAUCUCUUUACCAUCAAGCUUGCCAUUCAUAACAAGACUGAGAGUAUACCUUGUUAAACCAAAUCCUGAUGCAAGUUAUAAAAUAGUCUUCAACGGCUGUGAAGAGACAGUUUCUACCAGCACAGAGGUGUUCAGUUCUACUGUCGGCACUACACGUGAAAUCACAGCCGCACCCACAACUACAGGCACACCUACAACCACUGAGGUGAUCACUACCACUGCUGUACAAACCACCACUCCAGAAGCAACAACUACUGAGGAGACAACUACUGUACGCACCACUACACAGCCAACAACGACAGAAGCCCCAACAACUACUGAAGCAACUACCACUCGUGUGACAACCACUAAAGCUCCUACAACUUCUGGCCCUCCUUCAACGACUGAGAAAGUCAGCACCACGGUUGUGACAAUUUCUCCAGAAACAACUACAAAAGAGAUAAGCACUGUGACCUCCACAGCUGGCCCGUCAACCACACCUGAAGAAUGUGCUGAGGACCUUGAUGAUUAUGACAAAGUAAAAGUCUCAAGAGAAAAUUCUGACAGCUCUUCACCGGUUACACCCGAUCAAUGGUGGAAACCAGGCAGUCCUCCAGAAAGCACUGAAACUCCACAUGAAGGAUCACACUUGACUGUGACCUUCGACCCAAGAAGUAAAGUUACAUCUGUAAUUGUCACAAAUGAAGAAGGAGUGCCUGAUGAGGAAGUCACCAUUGCCUUUGAGUUUCAGCCAAGUGACCGUGCUCAAUACCUACCACUUGCCGAUGAAGCAAAUUCAAACAUCUUUAUCGGAAAGACUGACACCAAAAUCUCUUUACCAUCAAGCUUGCCAUUCAUAACAAGACUGAGAGUAUACCUUGUUAAACCAAAUCCUGAUGCAAGUUAUAAAAUAGUCUUCAACGGCUGUGAAGAGACAGUUUCUACCAGCACAGAGGUGUUCAGUUCUACUGUCAGCACUACACGUGAAAUCACAGCCGCACCCACAACUACAGGCACACCUACAACCACUGAGGUGAUCACUACCACUGCUGUACAAACCACCACUCCAGAAGCAACAACUACUGAGGAGACAACUACUGUACGCACCACUACACAGCCAACAACGACAGAAGCCCCAACAACUACUGAAGCAACUACCACUCGUGUGACAACCACUAAAGCUCCUACAACUUCUGGCCCUCCUUCAACGACUGAGAAAGUCAGCACCACGGUUGUGACAAUUUCUCCAGAAACAACUACAAAAGAGAUAAGCACUGUGACCUCCACAGCUGGCCCGUCAACCACACCUGAAGAAUGUGCUGAGGACCUUGAUGAUUAUGACAAAGUAAAAGUCUCAAGAGAAAAUUCUGACAGCUCUUCACCGGUUACACCCGAUCAAUGGUGGAAACCAGGCAGUCCUCCAGAAAGCACUGAAACUCCACAUGAAGGAUCACACUUGACUGUGACCUUCGACCCAAGAAGUAAAGUUACAUCUGUAAUUGUCACAAAUGAAGAAGGAGUGCCUGAUGAGGAAGUCACCAUUGCCUUUGAGUUUCAGCCAAGUGACCGUGCUCAAUACCUACCACUUGCCGAUGAAGCAAAUUCAAACAUCUUUAUCGGAAAGACUGACACCAAAAUCUCUUUACCAUCAAGCUUGCCAUUCAUAACAAGACUGAGAGUAUACCUUGUUAAACCAAAUCCUGAUGCAAGUUAUAAAAUAGUCUUCAACGGCUGUGAAGAGACAGUUUCUACCAGCACAGAGGUGUUCAGUUCUACUGUCAGCACUACACGUGAAAUCACAGCCGCACCCACAACUACAGGCACACCUACAACCACUGAGGUGAUCACUACCACUGCUGUACAAACCACCACUCCAGAAGCAACAACUACUGAGGAGACAACUACUGUACGCACCACUACACAGCCAACAACGACAGAAGCCCCAACAACUACUGAAGCAACUACCACUCGUGUGACAACCACUAAAGCUCCUACAACUUCUGGCCCUCCUUCAACGACUGAGAAAGUCAGCACCACGGUUGUGACAAUUACUCCAGAAACAACUACAAAAGAGAUAAGCACUGUGACCUCCACAGCUGGCCCGUCAACCACACCUGAAGAAUGUGCUGAGGACCUUGAUGAUUAUGACAAAGUAAAAGUCUCAAGAGAAAAUUCUGACAGCUCUUCACCGGUUACACCCGAUCAAUGGUGGAAACCAGGCAGUCCUCCAGAAAGCACUGAAACUCCACAUGAAGGAUCACACUUGACUGUGACCUUCGACCCAAGAAGUAAAGUUACAUCUGUAAUUGUCACAAAUGAAGAAGGAGUGCCUGAUGAGGAAGUCACCAUUGCCUUUGAGUUUCAGCCAAGUGACCGUGCUCAAUACCUACCACUUGCCGAUGAAGCAAAUUCAAACAUCUUUAUCGGAAAGACUGACACCAAAAUCUCUUUACCAUCAAGCUUGCCAUUCAUAACAAGACUGAGAGUAUACCUUGUUAAACCAAAUCCUGAUGCAAGUUAUAAAAUAGUCUUCAACGGCUGUGAAGAGACAGUUUCUACCAGCACAGAGGUGUUCAGUUCUACUGUCAGCACUACACGUGAAAUCACAGCCGCACCCACAACUACAGGCACACCUACAACCACUGAGGUGAUCACUACCACUGCUGUACAAACCACCACUCCAGAAGCAACAACUACUGAGGAGACAACUACUGUACGCACCACUACACAGCCAACAACGACAGAAGCCCCAACAACUACUGAAGCAACUACCACUCGUGUGACAACCACUAAAGCUCCUACAACUUCUGGCCCUCCUUCAACGACUGAGAAAGUCAGCACCACGGUUGUGACAAUUUCUCCAGAAACAACUACAAAAGAGAUAAGCACUGUGACCUCCACAGCUGGCCCGUCAACCACACCUGAAGAAUGUGCUGAGGACCUUGAUGAUUAUGACAAAGUAAAAGUCUCAAGAGAAAAUUCUGACAGCUCUUCACCGGUUACACCCGAUCAAUGGUGGAAACCAGGCAGUCCUCCAGAAAGCACUGAAACUCCACAUGAAGGAUCACACUUGACUGUGACCUUCGACCCAAGAAGUAAAGUUACAUCUGUAAUUGUCACAAAUGAAGAAGGAGUGCCUGAUGAGGAAGUCACCAUUGCCUUUGAGUUUCAGCCAAGUGACCGUGCUCAAUACCUACCACUUGCCGAUGAAGCAAAUUCAAACAUCUUUAUCGGAAAGACUGACACCAAAAUCUCUUUACCAUCAAGCUUGCCAUUCAUAACAAGACUGAGAGUAUACCUUGUUAAACCAAAUCCUGAUGCAAGUUAUAAAAUAGUCUUCAACGGCUGUGAAGAGACAGUUUCUACCAGCACAGAGGUGUUCAGUUCUACUGUCAGCACUACACGUGAAAUCACAGCCGCACCCACAACUACAGGCACACCUACAACCACUGAGGUGAUCACUACCACUGCUGUACAAACCACCACUCCAGAAGCAACAACUACUGAGGAGACAACUACUGUACGCACCACUACACAGCCAACAACGACAGAAGCCCCAACAACUACUGAAGCAACUACCACUCGUGUGACAACCACUAAAGCUCCUACAACUUCUGGCCCUCCUUCAACGACUGAGAAAGUCAGCACCACGGUUGUGACAAUUUCUCCAGAAACAACUACAAAAGAGAUAAGCACUGUGACCUCCACAGCUGGCCCGUCAACCACACCUGAAGAAUGUGCUGAGGACCUUGAUGAUUAUGACAAAGUAAAAGUCUCAAGAGAAAAUUCUGACAGCUCUUCACCGGUUACACCCGAUCAAUGGUGGAAACCAGGCAGUCCUCCAGAAAGCACUGAAACUCCACAUGAAGGAUCACACUUGACUGUGACCUUCGACCCAAGAAGUAAAGUUACAUCUGUAAUUGUCACAAAUGAAGAAGGAGUGCCUGAUGAGGAAGUCACCAUUGCCUUUGAGUUUCAGCCAAGUGACCGUGCUCAAUACCUACCACUUGCCGAUGAAGCAAAUUCAAACAUCUUUAUCGGAAAGACUGACACCAAAAUCUCUUUACCAUCAAGCUUGCCAUUCAUAACAAGACUGAGAGUAUACCUUGUUAAACCAAAUCCUGAUGCAAGUUAUAAAAUAGUCUUCAACGGCUGUGAAGAGACAGUUUCUACCAGCACAGAGGUGUUCAGUUCUACUGUCAGCACUACACGUGAAAUCACAGCCGCACCCACAACUACAGGCACACCUACAACCACUGAGGUGAUCACUACCACUGCUGUACAAACCACCACUCCAGAAGCAACAACUACUGAGGAGACAACUACUGUACGCACCACUACACAGCCAACAACGACAGAAGCCCCAACAACUACUGAAGCAACUACCACUCGUGUGACAACCACUAAAGCUCCUACAACUUCUGGCCCUCCUUCAACGACUGAGAAAGUCAGCACCACGGUUGUGACAAUUUCUCCAGAAACAACUACAAAAGAGAUAAGCACUGUGACCUCCACAGCUGGCCCGUCAACCACACCUGAAGAAUGUGCUGAGGACCUUGAUGAUUAUGACAAAGUAAAAGUCUCAAGAGAAAAUUCUGACAGCUCUUCACCGGUUACACCCGAUCAAUGGUGGAAACCAGGCAGUCCUCCAGAAAGCACUGAAACUCCACAUGAAGGAUCACACUUGACUGUGACCUUCGACCCAAGAAGUAAAGUUACAUCUGUAAUUGUCACAAAUGAAGAAGGAGUGCCUGAUGAGGAAGUCACCAUUGCCUUUGAGUUUCAGCCAAGUGACCGUGCUCAAUACCUACCACUUGCCGAUGAAGCAAAUUCAAACAUCUUUAUCGGAAAGACUGACACCAAAAUCUCUUUACCAUCAAGCUUGCCAUUCAUAACAAGACUGAGAGUAUACCUUGUUAAACCAAAUCCUGAUGCAAGUUAUAAAAUAGUCUUCAACGGCUGUGAAGAGACAGUUUCUACCAGCACAGAGGUGUUCAGUUCUACUGUCAGCACUACACGUGAAAUCACAGCCGCACCCACAACUACAGGCACACCUACAACCACUGAGGUGAUCACUACCACUGCUGUACAAACCACCACUCCAGAAGCAACAACUACUGAGGAGACAACUACUGUACGCACCACUACACAGCCAACAACGACAGAAGCCCCAACAACUACUGAAGCAACUACCACUCGUGUGACAACCACUAAAGCUCCUACAACUUCUGGCCCUCCUUCAACGACUGAGAAAGUCAGCACCACGGUUGUGACAAUUUCUCCAGAAACAACUACAAAAGAGAUAAGCACUGUGACCUCCACAGCUGGCCCGUCAACCACACCUGAAGAAUGUGCUGAGGACCUUGAUGAUUAUGACAAAGUAAAAGUCUCAAGAGAAAAUUCUGACAGCUCUUCACCGGUUACACUCGAUCAAUGGUGGAAACCAGGCAGUCCUCCAGAAAGCACUGAAACUCCACAUGAAGGAUCACACUUGACUGUGACCUUCGACCCAAGAAGUAAAGUUACAUCUGUAAUUGUCACAAAUGAAGAAGGAGUGCCUGAUGAGGAAGUCACCAUUGCCUUUGAGUUUCAGCCAAGUGACCGUGCUCAAUACCUACCACUUGCCGAUGAAGCAAAUUCAAACAUCUUUAUCGGAAAGACUGACACCAAAAUCUCUUUACCAUCAAGCUUGCCAUUCAUAACAAGACUGAGAGUAUACCUUGUUAAACCAAAUCCUGAUGCAAGUUAUAAAAUAGUCUUCAACGGCUGUGAAGAGACAGUUUCUACCAGCACAGAGGUGUUCAGUUCUACUGUCAGCACUACACGUGAAAUCACAGCCGCACCCACAACUACAGGCACACCUACAACCACUGAGGUGAUCACUACCACUGCUGUACAAACCACCACUCCAGAAGCAACAACUACUGAGGAGACAACUACUGUACGCACCACUUCCCAGCCAACAACGACAGAAGCUCCAACAACUACUGAAGCAACUACCACUCGUGUGACAAUCACUGCAGAACCUACAAUUUCUGCCCCUUCUACAACGACUGAAAAAGUCACCACAACAAUUGUGACAACCUCCCCUGAGGCAACCACCACAGAGACAAUCAUUGUGGAGACAACAACAGAGGAAGCAACAACGACUGUCGUCACAACCGAAGAAAUCACUGCCGUUCCAACGUCCACUGAAAAACCAACAACUACCAAGGAAGUCAUAUCAACAACUGUUACCGUGACGACCCCUGAGGCAACAACCACAGAGGAAACAACAACAGUGACUACCACAGAGGUCCCGACCACCGCAGAGCUGACAACAACACAACAACCGACAACUGUAGGCAAAACAACGACAAAGACUGUUACAAUCACAACUGCUGAGGGGACAACCAAAGCUAUCACUCAAACCACCGUACCAGGCAACGGAGAGACUCCUGUUUGCAAGUUCAAUGGAGAGGAGUAUGAGGAAGGCGAAGUGAUGCCAAUUGGUCGGCCGUGUACAAUCAUGAAAUGUGGACCGAACGGUGAAGUCAUCGUUGAAUACAUCGCCUGCAACAGGUCAUGUCCAAAUGGAAAGCUUGUGGAGGUGAAUGAACAAACUUGCUGUCCAAUAUGUGUUCCAGAUGAGCAAGGCUGUUUCUUCCGCUCACACGAAAACUACGUCCAAAUUGACGACUGUCUAUCGGAGGAGAGAGUCGCCUACACUGACUGUGAAGGGUUGUGUGCCUCCAACAGCCGCGUCUCCAUGCUGCCAGAUGCGCGUAUCGGCUACAACUGCGGUUGUUGUAAGCCAACCACGCUAAAUCAGAACUUUGCGAGUAUGUUGUGCAACAACGGGACCAGGUUUGUGCAUUCCUACUACGAGAUACAGGGAUGCGAGUGUAACUCUUGUAGCUACGAUCCGCUACAGUCGGUUAUGGUGAACCAGUUCGCCAUCGAGCCAUAG